UGUCAUCAACCCGCUCUCUCUGCGCAAAGUGGUAUCAUGGAUCUCAGAACUCUUCACUUGAUGUUUAUUCUGAUUUCAGGUGUUUGGGCUCAGGAUCUCGUGGUUUCCCAGCCUGGCUCGACUGAAGCCACGGAAGGGGAAUCCGUCCUGUUGCGAUGCUCCUACAACUCCACCUCACGGCCUAAAGUCGGCAGCUACUGGUGGGUGAAGGACCCAGGCCAACUGGCCGUCAGAAACACCACCCAGGAAUUCAUGGGGAGAGUGAUUGCUGUUAAGGAUCGGGCCUUCCUCGUGGACUGGAAAGCUGAUAUAUGGAUAAACGACCUGCGUCAUUACGACUCAGGGUUGUAUCGAUGUGCGGUGAAACUCCCCGGAUUCCGAGAGGCAUUCGGGAAUGGGACCCAACUUCGUGUGGUUAAGCCAAGCACUGGAAUAUCUGCCCCACCAGACAAUUACAUGGUGCUAAUAUGGAUCCUUCUCCGUGGCCUCUUUUAUGCCUUUGGGAUUGGUGCAGUUGCUCUGGGGACAUGCCUCUAUUUCGAGAAGACAACUCAACAGAACAUCCAGAAGAGGCCACUGUACCACAGAGCAAGUGAAUGUAGGACACCCAGCAGGAAGUGACAACCUGUCUAGGAAAUGGGCCAAGAAAAGACACCAUUCUCUAUUCUCUUUAUUUUUUCCUCAGCUGUUGUCUAUUCCAUCAGCACCUGUGUGAACUAUAAACCCACUCACCCCAAAUCUAGUACAAUGACCAAGUUUUGUAGCACAAACCCCACAUUUGGUAUCACCACCACUAGUCUGAGAGACACAGAUCAAUCAGGUGAAUGCCCCAAAUAUCCAACAUUGGCCUUUUCAUUCAAAAUCUACACCAUAGGUUUGUAGUAUUUUCAGUGCUUAUAGUGCCUGCCAACCAACUGUGUACCUAAGAGAUUUGUGGGGA